CCAGGCACUUCGAGCCACCCCCUACGCUGAUAAUUCCGUACGGACUUAAGAGUUGGCUGGAAUGUAUAUGCAGAGCCGUAUUCACUGAGCGACCAAAGAAAAUAACGGAAUUUAUUUCGGCAUACUGUGAGGAAUUACAUAAUUUCAGUGAACAAAACAUUCUAGUGGACACUAAGGAUGUUAUACAUCUGUACCAAGAGAUACGUGAGGCAAAGUUUGUUAGAGGGUGGAUAUCACAGAGAGAAACACCAGCUGGCAAGGUGAUAAUGAACAAUGAAGGACUAAUGCCACCUAGGCCGUCUGUGCGUGGGAUGCCCAUGACUGAAAUUUGCAUACUGGGUUCCUGUCUUGCUGAAGAGGCUUUAUUAGCCACCCAUAAUAUAGAGCAAAGAGGAACCUCAGGGGAGCCCUGGGUUAGGCUAGAGGAGCAUUCUUACCCACAGACAAAACCACCUGAUCCUGACCACCAGGAAGUUGAACACAGCCCAACCCAACCCUCUGUGGAGGAAGAGAGCCAACCCGGCUCUGCUGUCCAAUCAGCUGCCUUCUCAAGGAACUGUCUGGUGAAAGUGGGUCAGUCUGCUGUCAUCAGCAAGCCCAGUGCUGCGACCGAUAAUGUUAUCGCUGUCCAAUCUGAGAAUCUCCCAGAGACCACCAUCUUCAGCAGAGACAGCCAUCCAUCCUCAGCCCUGUUAUCCAGACGUAGUCCAACCAGGACCCCUUCAGCCAGUAAUAUGACUGGACUGUGUGACCCUACAGAGGUCAUGUCUAAUGAAGAGGUCUCCUGCAAGAUACCUUUGAUGAAGAACCUUUUUCUGACAUAUUCUGCGGAUAGCUUUGGUUCUUCAGGAUCGACGGAUGACCAGUUGUCUUCUAGGAGCAGCAGUGUGAUCUCAUGGGAGGAUGUUUUCUCACGUUUUCUGUCCACUGGACAGGUUGUUUCCACUGCAUCUUAUCAGGGUGAUACUGAACUCGUAAGAUCCUCUACUGAGCAGACAAAGAAAGCCCCCUUUGAAACUGUGGUGGUUGGAGAAUGCAGAGAAGAGAGCGUGGAAAGGGAAGGAGAGACACUGGACACACACACAACUCCCAAAGCAUCUCUCACUGUAUUUCCAGGGACAUCUGAGAUGGAGUGUCCAUUAAUGUUUGACGACCUGUCAACUGGGUUUUGCAUGGUCACCAUUCCACCAGUGACACUGAAACAUUCAGAUGCACCCCCUUCCAAAACAGAGACUUUUGCCAAAGACACUGCUGCUGUCGAGGAAUUUCAGAAAAUAUCUGAAGAACUCGUCAAAACAAUUUCCGUGGAGGCAUUAAGGACAGUGAACAGAAAACAUCAUCAUGAGAGUGUGGGGAAACCAGCAGAGACACCCGAGAAACAGGCAUCUUCUAAAGUAUCUCCACAGACAUUCCCUGAGUCUGUCAUGACCCAUAAAGAGUCCUCACUCAUAAUCCCCACUAGUGAGGAGAGUGAGGAGAGGCCAGCAGAAUCAUUAAAGAGACGUACAUCUCCAGGAAUAUCUCCACCGGCAUUACUUGUAUCCGGUACAGUAAAGAUCCUACUGAAGAUUCCUAAUGUAAAAAGUUUCUAUUUUUCCUGCCUAUUUUUAUAUCUCAAGCUGAGCAACUACUCCAGCUACCUGUAG